AUGCAACUUGACGUUUUACGCUCCAUUACAGACUUGCGUGCGCCAUCGCUGACUUAUUCUAGUGCACGAUCAUUGACAAGACAAAUCCAUCUGCAUGUGGGACCAACCAACUCAGGAAAAACUCAUGGUGCGCUUGUGACUUUAUCAAAAGCUCGAACUGGUCUGUAUGCUGGACCGCUUCGGUUGCUCGCUCACGAGGUCUGGGAACGCAUGAAUCAAGGGACGAUCUCACCCUCAAUCCAACCACGUGCUUGUAACUUACGCACCGGCGAGGAGGUUCGUGUGGUUGAUGAAUAUGCAGGACUAGUUUCUUGCACAGUUGAAAUGGCGGAUGUUACACGGGCCUAUGAAGUAGCGGUGAUUGAUGAAAUUCAAAUGAUUGCCGACAUCCAGCGCGGGUUUGCAUGGACCCAAGCCGUGUUAGGUCUACCGGCAAAGGAGCUUCAUCUUUGUGGGGAAGCAAGUGCAGUUCCUUUAAUUCAGCGCCUCGUGGAAAUGUGUGGCGACGAGCUGCAUAUACACAACUAUAACAGACUGUCGCCGCUGCACGUUGCAUCUAGCAGUUUGCGGGGUGACUUGACCAAAGUUGAACCUGGUGAUUGUGUGGUCGCGUUUAGUCGCAGUACUAUAUUUUGGCUUAAAGAACAAAUUGAAGCAAGAACAGGACUCCAGUGUGCUGUAGCAUACGGGGCACUGCCACCUGAAAUCAAGAGUGAACAGGCGAAGCUAUUCAACUCAGGUAAACUCGAUGUGAUGGUGGCUAGCGAUGCUAUCGGUAUGGGGUUGAAUUUACGUAUUAGACGCGUAAUUUUUGAUACUCUAAGCAAAUGGAAUGGAAAAGAACAAGUGCCAUUGUCACUUUCGCAAAUUAAACAGAUUGCCGGGCGUGCUGGUCGCUAUGGAACAUCGCGUGAUAAGAAUGAAGAGCCAUCGGGCCUUGUUCUUACACGCAAUGAGAACGAGAUGGAGUAUCUACGAGCAGCACUUGCUGCUCCAGUACGACCUAUCACGCAUGCGCAGAUACAACCCAGUACCCGAAAGCUCGAAUCACUGGCACUAUUGCUGCCACGCGCGCGGACAAGAGGUCCAUCCUCAUCUCGCAGGCGUGUUUCUAUUCAUGACAACUCUGUGUCCACACUGUUAGAGGAGUUCCAUGCUUUUGCGGAUUUAGAUGCGGGUGUAUUUUCCAUGGCGGAUUUUGUGUCACAAAAAGCCAUGUCUACCAUUAUUGAGCAUCGUGGGCGAGACCGUUUGACGCACGCUGAAAAGGAAAAAUGGUCGAAUACCCCAGUUAAUAUGCGGGAUGAACGCGCAGUUGCAUGGGUUGGCAAUGCGAUUGAGCGAUAUGCGCGUGGUGAGCUAGUCCGUUUCGAAGCAUGUGCGAAAGAGCUUGGCACUAUGGAGGCUGAAGAAGCGAUAGCUCAAAUUAUGCGCGAUGCACAAACGAGACACAAAGUGGCCGGCUCUGAACAGUCUGUUGUUAUGUUUGCUCAACAGGAUGAAACAGUACUAAAUAUCCACACACUCAUGCUUCUAGAAUCCUUGCACCGGACGUUGACACUUUAUCUUUGGUUGGGCUUCCGCUUUCCUUUGGCAUUCUGUUUCCGACAUGAUGUGGAGGCGCGAAAGCAACGAACAGAAGCAUCUAUUGAGUUUUGCCUAGAAGCUAUUCGUGUGCGAAGAGCCCAGCGACUCACGCGCUUGGGACGAAAGGAAGAGGCUCACGUAUUACUGAAAAAGCAUGUACAUCGUAAGCGGCGCUAA